AGUUUCAAGUUUGUGGCGCACCUGUCGAUGGUUAGUCGAUACUUGUCGAUACUGUCACUACCCGAAAGCAGAGAUUCCGUGACAGGAGCCUGAGAGGCUUCUGUAUAUUUCGUUGAAAUUCUUUACAAAUAACGCUAUUAUUUCUUGAUAAUGGCUUCUCGGACGUUGAUGAAAUUAUGUGGCAAUGAAAUCCAGAACAGUAAUAGAUCACUGAGAGCACUGUCAACAACGUGUUCAAAAUAUGUAACUCAUGUGCCCAAUUUGCCAGAGCCAGUUCUGAAAAAGUUAGAUGAUGGAAAACGUCGUCAUGGUCAAUUGAUAACUGUUGAUGCUACGGAGGACAUUUCCAUUGUCUCUGGCGUCCCGGAAGAGCAUAUUAAAAGUCGUACAGUCCGCAUCUAUCAGCCGGCUAAAAAUGCUAUGCAGUCAGGCACAAACAAUAUUAAUUUUUGGCAAAUUGAUUUCGAUACUCGAGAGCGCUGGGAAAAUCAAUUGAUUGGGUGGUGUUCCACAGGUGAUCCACUGUCAAACAUGAAAGUAGAAUUCACAUCGAAGGAAGAAGCGAUUGAACAUUGUGAAAGAAUGAAAUGGAAAUGGUUUGUCCAAAAGCCAAACGUCGAUGAGCCAAAACCUCGCUCGUACGGUGCGAAUUUUGCUUGGAACAAACGAACUCGAGUAUCCACGAAGUGAGUGGAUUUUCAAGAGAUUCAAUCACUUGAUAAGUAUGAACUUUGUAUAGUAGUCAACGAGACCUUGUAUUUCAGUGUAAAAUAAAUAAUGUGCAAAAUAAAAAGCAAGUUAUAAAUAAA